AUGGCUGAUUCCCUGACCGAAGAGCAAGUGUCCGAGUACAAGGAGGCCUUCUCCCUCUUUGUAAGUGAGCCCACAUCCCAGCUGGAAGAUCUCAACACUAACCAGCGAUCUAUCGCAAAACAGGACAAGGAUGGUGAUGGACAAAUCACCACCAAGGAGCUUGGCACCGUCAUGCGCUCUCUUGGACAGAACCCCUCCGAGUCUGAGCUGCAGGACAUGAUCAACGAGGUUGACGCCGACAACAACGGCACCAUCGACUUCCCCGAAUUCUUGACCAUGAUGGCCCGCAAGAUGAAGGAUACUGAUUCCGAGGAGGAGAUCCGCGAAGCGUUCAAGGUGUUCGAUCGCGACAACAACGGCUUUAUCUCUGCCGCCGAGCUGCGCCACGUCAUGACUUCCAUUGGCGAGAAGCUGACUGACGACGAGGUGGACGAGAUGAUCCGCGAGGCGGACCAGGACGGUGAUGGCCGGAUCGACUACAACGAGUUCGUCCAGCUCAUGAUGCAAAAAUAA